GGAGACAGAGCAGCACAGCAUUAAACUCCACUCCACUCAUCUCUAUAGCGGGACACAGGAGCGCACAGCAACAGGCUAGAUUGGAGAGCUGUGAGUGAUUGGUGACCCUGAAGCUGAUAACGGAGCGUAAACAUGCCGAGGUCAUUUUUGGUGAAGAGCAAACGGGCGCACAGUUAUCAUCAGCCCCGUUACCUGGAUGACAACUGCAUCUCAAUCGAGAAACUUCUCACUUGCCAAGAAAGUCAAACCGGACAGGCUCCUGAAAGCCCGCUGGAUGUGGGCAAUCAGUCCCCUAAAGCCAGCAUGGUGUGCACGGCAGAUCAGUCUUCUCAACAGUCCCCGCUGAGCUGCGAGGGCAGUGUGUGUGACCGCUCAUCCGACUAUGAGGACUUCUGGAGACCCCUGUCAUCAGGAACCUCGCCGGAUCUGGAUAAAUGCCCGGUUCCUUCUCCAGACGACUCUCAGCCUUUCGACAUGUCCUUCCGUCCAUACGUUUGGUCUCAUUCAUCAUCUGAGCUCAGGCAUCUCAUUCAGUCCUGCAAUCGUGUUUCUGUGGAUUCAGACUCGUCAGUGGGGGUUUACGAUGCUAUGGACAGAAGGCCGAGCGCUCAUCUCCUCAUCCAACCAACACAAUCUAGGCGAUUUUACCAGGACUAUGGCUCCCUGACCCCUAACCUGCUGGAUAAUCGAGGCUUUUACACUGACUUCAAGAUGUCGACUAAAGUAGCAGAGACUGAUUCAGAGUCAGAUAUGACGUGCACACGACUUCAACUAAGCGGGUCCUACAAAUGCAUAAAAUGCACUAAGGUGUUUUCCACUCCCCAUGGCUUGGAAGUUCACGUGCGAAGGUCACACAGCGGCACAAGGCCCUUUGCCUGCGAAAUCUGUGGCAAAACCUUCGGCCACGCCGUCAGUCUGGAGCAACAUAAAGCCGUCCAUUCACAAGAAAGGGUCUUCAGCUGUAAAAUCUGUGACAAAAGCUUUAAGAGAUCGUCCACUUUGUCCACGCACCUUCUCAUCCACUCGGACACCAGACCGUAUCCCUGUCAGUACUGCGGAAAACGCUUCCAUCAGAAAUCUGAUAUGAAGAAGCACACGUUCAUUCAUACAGGUGAAAAGCCUCACAAAUGUCAAGUGUGUGGCAAAGCUUUCAGUCAGAGUUCAAACCUCAUCACGCACAGCAGAAAACACACUGGAUUCAAACCUUUCGGAUGUGACCUGUGUGGCAAAGGCUUCCAGCGCAAAGUAGAUCUCAGGAGACACAAAGAAACACAGCACGGGCUAAAAUAAUGACUAAAAAACAACAAUACGUUGGUUUGCUUGCACGUGAGACACUAUGUAGAAUUAGAAGGUUAAUAUUGUGUGCUUUUGUUUAGGAUCCAGUAUUUUUUCCAGUUUCCAGUAUUUUAUAAUAAAUUGUAAUUAAUUUGUCCUUGUAAAAUAUUAAUAAAGAGA